GAAUUGUUUUUCAAAAUAUAAAAAUCAAAAUAUAAAAAAAAAAAAACGCAAAUUCAAAAAAAUUAAGUGACAGGAUAGCGUGACAGCACGAGUAUGCUAAAUCGUGAAUCGCGCGGUUAGGUUUUUCAUUUGUUUCGAGUUUCUGAGAAUUAAUUAGUCAACGUUUACGCAGUAUCCUUUUUAUCUACUGGGGAAAAUAAAAUAAUUUUUCAAUUAUAAAAUGUACUUUAUGAAUUGUUGCAAAUGUGUUUUAUUCUUCCACGGUGAUAUUUUAUGGAAUAAUCUGUCAAGGUUAGAAUGUGAGAUACGUUAAGAGCGAAUAUAAUAGACGUAAAAAAUUAUGGAGAACGAAUAUAAAUAAGAAACAACCCGAAGAAAGAUUAUUUUUGUGUCGUAAUUACAUCUGAUUGAUUUUGAUCAAUUUAAUGACACAAAUCUUGAACCAAGUAUGAUAUAUGUGGUUCUAAAGCUGAGAAGUUAAUCCAAAUGUUGGUAGUAUGAAGCUGUGUAGUUUGCUAUAUGUUUUAUUAUUAUUUGAUAUCUUUUAUGUAUCGAGUAACAAUCACACGAGUGACUUUGAAAAAUACAAUGAUAACAAUUACGCAAACAAGUCUCCGGAAUAUGAUAUAUCCGAAUUGUUAAAUUGCUCCUGUUGUAAUGCGCAGAAAGUCAAAGUUACAUUCUCCUCCAGCAUAGUCAAAAAUGAAUAUAUCGUCCAAUUUAAGAAUUAUUACAUAGCUCGUGUACGAGAGAAUUACAUAAGAGCCGCAUUAAAAUCGUCUGAUGUUAAAAACUGGAAAAUUAUACCUCGCGAGAACGCGGCGUCCAAGUAUCCCAGUGACUUUGACAUUGUGCAAUUAGAAGAAACGAGUAAACAUCAAGGCUUGAAAGCUCUGAAAAAUCAUCCUUUGAUAAAAACGGUGACGUCGCAGAGAUUAAUACGUAGAACUUUAAAUCUCGUCGGUACAAGUGAUCACGAUGCCUUAGAACACAAACAUUUUAAAAGAAAACUCACUAAUCAUAAUCGAAAAUUAUUCAGAGCGAUAUCAGUACAAGUUCCAUAUUUACUUGGAGCUGACACGCUAUGGAAAAUGGGCUUUACCGGAAAGGGUGUUAAAGUAGCAAUAUUUGACACCGGAACCGCCAGUAACCAUCCACACUUUAGAAAUAUCAAAGAAAGAAUAAACUGGACAAAUGAAAAAACUAUGGACGACAGUCUGGGCCAUGGGACAUUUGUAACAGGCGUGAUUGCAUCAUCUUCCAAGGAUUGCUCUGGUUUUGCUCCAGACGCGGAUCUUUAUAUCUAUCGCGUUUUUACAAAUGCUCAGGUAUCUUAUACCGCAUGGUUCUUAGACGCUUUCAAUCACGCUAUACUUCGACGUGUGACAGUAUUGAAUUUAAGUAUCGGUGGUCCGGAUUUCAUGGAUCAACCGUUUGUCGAUAAAGUAUGGGAAGUCACGGCUAACGGUAUCAUUAUGGUAUCUGCAAUUGGCAAUGACGGACCUAUUUAUGGCACUCUGAACAAUCCCUCUGAUCAAAUGGAUGUAAUUGGUGUAGGAGGUAUCAACUGGGACGAUCAAAUAGCAAUGUUCUCCUCCCGCGGAAUGACUACGUGGGAAUUGCCAUUUGGAUACGGCAGAGUCAAACCUGACCUGGUCACAUACGGGUCGGGAGUGAAAGGAUCCGCUUUACAUCACGGAUGCAGAACACUCUCCGGCACCUCCGUUGCCAGUCCUGUUGUUGCCGGUGCAGUUGCACUGUUAGCUAGUGCAUUUAUAGAAUCGAACUCAUCUAGCGACAAAGUAACACCAGCAAGUAUGAAACAAAUAUUGUUGCAAUCAGCUCGUCGCUUGCCCGGAAUUAGCAUGUUCGAACAAGGUGCCGGAAAAUUGGAUCUUCUGCGGGCGUUUCAGUUUUUACAGUCGUAUUCUCCUGUCGUUACACUUAGCCCGAGUUACAUAGACCUGACGGAGUGUCAGUACAUGUGGCCGUACUGCACGCAAGCUGUGUAUCAUACCGGUAUGCCUACAAUAGUCAAUGUGACUAUCAUUAACGGCUUGGGUGUAGCUGGAAAUGUCGUAAACUUCACUUGGCAUCCAUAUACUGGUAACGGUAAUGGCGAACGUAUUGAUGUGGCGAUAACGCACAGCGACAUUUUGUGGCCGUGGUCAGGUUGGUUAGCGGUUUCUAUAACAGUUCCUUCAACGUCUCAAGACUGGCAAGGCAUUGCUCAAGGUCACAUCACGCUUACUGUUGAAAGUGAUGGCGCGGGUAAGCCUCGGCAAUCGAUCGUAAAACUUCCGCUGCAGGCGAAAGUGAUACCCACACCUCCUCGACACAAACGUAUUUUGUGGGACCAGUAUCACAAUCUACGGUAUCCGCCUGGAUAUUUCCCUCGAGAUGAUCUGCGCGUAAAGAACGAUCCGCUUGAUUGGAACGGCGAUCACAUACACACGAACUUUAAAGAAAUGUAUCAGCACUUACGCAAUGCUGGCUAUUAUCUCGAAGUGCUCGGCCAUCCAUUUACUUGUUUCAACGCAAGAAAUUACGGGACCUUGCUUAUUGUAGAUCCGGAGGAGGAAUUUUAUCCCGAAGAAGUGACCAAGCUGAAGCAAGACGUGGAGAACGAUGGUCUGUCGGUAAUUGUGUUUGCUGACUGGUACAAUGUGACAGUAAUGGAAAAAAUUCAGUUUUACGACGAGAACACUCGUUUGUGGUGGAUACCGGAAACGGGAGGUGCCAAUAUUCCGGCCGUAAACGACUUGCUUUACACUAAUUGGGGUGUGGCAUUUGGCGAUCAAGUACGAAGCGGCCAGUUUACUCUUCAUCAACACGCGCCAGUCACAUUUGCAUCCGGCACCACAUUAAUUAGAUUUCCGAAAGAUGGAACCGUUCUGUACGCGGAGUUGGAUGAUCAGGGUCACGAACUUGUAAAAAAAGAACCCGGAAUACCUGCGCUCGUACCGAUUCUAGGACUUUUACAAGUGUCUGGUAAGAAUGAUGUUGAAACAGCGAAUCGCAAUGGAAUUGAUAACGACAUAAAGCAAGCAGAUCAGAAUGAAGAAAACACUUAUGUCAAAGAACAGACGACGGCCGGCAGACUUGUCGUUUACGGAGAUUCAAACUGCAUCGAUGACAAUCAUUUACAAAAACGGGUGUAUUACAGAAACGCUUGCUUCUGGAUGCUAGACGCUAUUUUGGAAUACACGACGACAGGUUACGUACCUAAUGUUUUUAUGAAUGAAAAUAAAAAAAAAUGCAAGACUGUCAAAACGACCGACAAUAUAGAGAUCGGUGAGUUACCGGUUCGGAUGAAAGGGAAUCGUUUCAGUCGUCACAGCAAAGUGUUGAUGAACGAUAGUCCAGCAGGCAAUUUUAAACGUCUUCCAUUGUGUCCAACUCUUGCCUAUGCUGCGUCUAUGCCAGUCAACGAAUCUGUGCCACUAGAUCCGUACAAACUGCAAAAAGUUUUACCAAUAGGGGAUACUAUAAACGCGGAAAAUCCAAUAUUGCAGGAUAUGAAUACUUUGUGGCUAAAAAGACGAGUUGGCGGCGCCAGUAUUCCUACAUUUCAAAAUCUCGACGACGAUAUGAUGAUGGAUUACAUGAAAGAGACCGUCGAGGACAAUCUUAACAGCCAAGUUUCAUAUCAAACUUUCAUAAUAGUGACAAUUCUUAUGGAAACGCACCAUAGGCAGCAGAUUGCGGAGAGUCAUUCAAGGAAUUACCGUGCGCAGGAUACCCAGACAAACGUAAUUGAAAGAAUCUUGGUUUUUUUUUUCCACGAAAACUCUAUAUUUUAUAUAAAUACAUUGUACAUAAAACACGUGACUAAAUUUAUUAAGAAUCUGUAUUACAUCGUAUACAUGCAAUUACACAUUUGUCUAAGUAACUUAAGGUAGAUGUUUUUUUUUAACAUAAAUUGUACGUUUAUAUAAAUAAAUUUGAACUAUAUUUUGAUAAAAAGGUUUUUUUACAUACGAUUAUGUACAUUUGUUAGUUUUAGUUUUA